ACCUUUUUUGUGGUUAAUCCUCACCCAAGGAUAUUUUUCUCAUUGAUUUUUAUUAUCCCCCUGGGUUUUCUUUAUGUCGAUAAGCCAUCAUUUCUUUAGCCAUUUGGUUUUUGGGGAGGGGGGGCCAUUUGCAUUGUUCAUUUUUUUUUCAUCAUUAUCAGUGGCAUUGCUCCAACCAUUUUUUCUAACUGACACUGCUAUGGCACACUAAGUGUGUAGACAUCUUACUUGGUGUUGUGGCUCUUAGUGUUGAUGCUCAAUAGUCUACAGUUAUGAUUGACAGUGGGUAUGCUUAGCAGUUUGAUUUAGGAACCAUCUCUUUAUGGUUUAGUCUUCCCCCCAGUUGGACACAGUGUGAGUUAAAGGAGAAUUGUCAUAAUGAUGACCUAAUAAACAUCUGACUAAUUCAGGAGCAGAUUUGCAUUUAUCCAGCCAAAAUAUCAAUCAUAUUUAUCAUACAUCCCUCUGUUCCCUAUCCCCCCAAAUUUUUGAGUAGUAGCUACAAGCCUAGCCAACCAGUGUGAGCACCAAAAAGUGAUCCUAUCUAGAGGAACUGAGACUUGGAGAGGAUUAAAUAACUUCCCUAAGAAUACUUAACUACAACAUGGCAGAACCAGGGUUUGAAACCAGACAUCCUGGCUUCAGAAUUUAAACUCUCAAGAAGAGAUACUUCCUCAUUGGCAUCUGUUAUUUCAUUUAAAAGCAGAAACAACAAGUGAAAAAUAGUAUCAAAAAACAAAACAAAGCUCUUGUCAGCCAUUUGGCAACUCCUUGCAUUGUCUCUGAGCAGAUGAAAUUAAUUUGGAAUAAACCUGGAGGAUUUUAGGUGGCGAAUAGUGUGACAUAUAUGAAUAUUAUUUUGAUCUCAUAUUAACAGUGGAUUUUAGUGAGUUAAGAAUGCAUACAAAGAAACCAUAUCAAAAAAGCUAUUAAGCAAUGAAGGUGAGAAAUUAUGGUGGCUUAGACUUGGAGUAAAUGAAUUGCAAAUUUAUUUUGGAGGUAGAUUCAAUCACACAACUCUGUGGAUUGGAUGUUGUAGAUGUUGGGGUGAGGGAAAGAUAAAUCAAGGAUAGUUGAGCAAUUGGUUUAAUUUAUUUUAGGGUGGAAAAAACUGGAGAAGUAAAGGUUUGUGGAGGGAAAAAUCCACCUGGCAGAAAUUCAAGUGAGCAGUGAAGUGGGCAGGUGGGGCUGGUUGGACCUCAAUAGAGAAGUUACAACCUGAAAUAUAAAUUUGAAAUAAGUAGAUGUUUUACUAUAUCUUAUAGAUGGAAAAGACUAUAAAAACUACUGUUUUGUAUGUCUUGUUACUUUGUUUCAUCUUUUCAUCCCUUCUACAAGGACACUUCAAAAAUAUGUUAUGUAUUUACUUCUUUAAAUAAAGUUUCAACAUGUUUCUCUAACAUGCACCAUUUUAAUUUUGUGCCUAGCAUUGUUAUUUCUGAACUUCAACAGUGUUAUUUCCCCCCCAGAAAUUAGAUAUCACUAUAAAUACCUAUAAAUUUUAAAGAUCAAAUUUUUGUUAUUUCCCAUUGGAGUCUUUAUAAGGUAACUUCUUUGUUGUCAUCAUUCCAUGAAAUAUAGUUCAGAGAAUGUUGAAACACUGUAGAAAAACAAGAGAUUAGGAAUUCCUUCUCUGGCUGGUAUAUUAAUUUUAGUUACUUUUUCAUUGAUUUUGUGAGAAUAAGAAGAAUAAUAUGAAAAAUUUUGUUGCUAUUCUGAGUCAUUGGUUUCCAUGUGUUGUUUAGGUUUUAGUGCAUGGAUCAGGGGCUGCUGUAAUUAGGAUUUUGGAUUUGAGUGGCGGGGACAUGUGACUGUUGUGCAAAGGGCUAUUUUUGGUAUCUGAGUGUCGGCUUGUCAGAAACCAUAGAGAAUUAGUGUGAGGUGCACUUGGAGCUUAGACAGUGCCGAUAGGCAUUGUAAUGUGUUUGAACUUUUUAACAUGGGCUGUUGCUUCAGCAAAGAAUUCAGUGGUGACAAUGACAAUGAAAAAACUGGCCUGUUACAAAAAUCUGUGGAGGAGAAGGACCCGGAGAACAAGAUAAGUAAAACUUUAUCUGUAUUAUUUGAUACACUGGAAGGUGAAGAGCUGCACAAUGUUGAAUAUGGAGCCAGCGGGGCAGCUGCUGGGACUGAUAUAUGGCCAAGGAUGUUUGUGAGGUCUGGGCACAAAUGGGCGCACAGAUCAAGGCCAUCGGUUAACUUUAUUUCCUCUUUAAUGUAUAAGUUCCUAGAUAGGUAUAAAAAUUUGGAUGAGACUGACAAUUCAGGUACUGCUGCUAUUGAGCAGGCCUGUGAGAGUGUCUGUGAGACUGUGAGUGUGGACAUUGACAACACACAGAGUUUUUCUGUAGGUAUUGCCUCUGAAGAGGACGAGUGUCUUUCACAUGUCCCGGGGCCUUCUGACCAGGACAAGCAGGAAGGAGCCCUUGUAAAUAACCUUCUGUACCAUCACUCUGGCACAUGUAAAAAUGCUGUAGUAGAAAAAGAAGUCACAGUAAAUGUUCACAUCAGUUGUGGUAGUGAGAAAAAUGCUUUAGAUGAGUCUGGUAGGGAGACCGAGAGUGCAAACCCCAUUUGUGUGGAUCACAAGCGAUGCUGGAAUUCAAGAGAGAGCAAGUUUUACAGUAUCUGUGUUGUAGAUCCUGGAAGCCUGGACAGUGACGACGAGCCAUGUGUGCACAUGUGUGGAACAGCUGCCACAGAAGAGAGCCCCUCAGCUGUCACUUUUGAGGGGGUUUGCAGAGGGUCCUCCACAGAUAACACUGCUGGAGGUCCAGGGGACUUAGAGGCACCACAGGAAGAACUAUACCCAUGUGGCAUGAAGGAAGUCUUUAAUGAAAAAACUGAACCUAGUCUCAAAGUUUUGACUGACAGUGACCCAUCUUGUAAAAGAAACACUGGUGACAUGCAGGCUCAGUCUUUAAGGGCAAACCCUUACACUGGGUUCCCUACAGAUUACACAGAAAGUGAUGCAUUACAUAAUGUUGGCACAAUAUCUGAAUCAAAUACUAACAUAGACACUGACUCACUAGAAUACAUGUGUGCCAUCCCUGAAGAAGGAGAGAGCCAUAGUUCAGUACUAUUAAGUCCGAUGGGUGACUCGGGUGUUGAUCUAAUUGAACAAAGUGCUGACACCGAGGCUAUAAAAGCUAAUAUAGAUCAGAGUUUAAACUCUGAAAAGGGAGGAGGAAAGAACUUUAUGAAACAUCUAAAAGACAGUGAUUAUUCCAAUUUAGAUGUUAAGAGAUUGGACAGAUCAAAUAGAUGUAUCACUUCAGUGAGCUUUAGAAAUGAGUGUCUUCUUGUUCAUGCUAAUUUCCGAGGAGCAGCCCCUAAAAGAAGUGAUGACCCCAGAUCUGAAUACCUGGGGCCAGCAAUGACAAAGGGACAAUACAGUGGUGUUUGCAGCCUGGGAACUGGGAGCAUCCAGCUUGUGAGCAAAGGAGAAUUGGCUUUGCAAGCUGAAAAUAGUUUGUCUUAUCAAGAUGAUGAUGAAAUGAGCAUUUUUGAAGAUGAAAGUCAUGAUAAAAGGGCUUUUGAAAGAUCUUUGAGUCAGGAAGGUCUGUGUGCAGAUACUGGGGCUAUCAUAGCCCAGGCCCAAAUUAGUGAUUUAACUCAUGCAAUGCAGGCAAAAAAUGUGGAGGGCUUCUAUCAAAGAACAGAUACGCAGGAUCUCAGGAGUUUGCAGGAAGUGCCCCAGAAGGAUGAAUCUCCUCUUGGACCCAGGUGUGUUCAGAGUAACUUUAUGUCCUCUGCAUUUAUUUUCAACUGCGCUGAAGAAGAAAAAAGUGAAACAGGCCAGAAUCAUAAAGCAGAAGAUGAAUUGUGUGUAAAGAGUUCAGUGAGUGGCCCUCACAGACUAGAAAAUGCCAAAAAACAGUCACUAAGGGCUAAUCACAGAGAGACAAGUAAAAAUGACAUAGAAAAUUUCAAGUUAGGUUCUAAAACAAUCUUUCAUUGGGAAACAAAUAUAGAAAAAUGCAAGACAGUGCCCGCUCAGGAUGUAUUGGCUUGUGCUAAUUCUAGUAUAACAAUAGCACCUGACUUUGAAAUAAAUCAAAUAGAAAAAUGUGAAGAAACCUGCAGAGUGAAUGACAGCAAACACAAAGAUCUUCAUCUUGUACCACCUGUGAGUUCAGGUGAGCAGAUGGCAGAAGCACAGGAGACCUGCUCUUUUAACUGUGGUGGAGAUCCAAGACAGAAGCAGGUUUCCUGCACAUCCACUGACGUCUCUGAUACUUUAGACACUGCAGUGGCAGGACACAAAACAGAAGUGAUAGGGGAAGGACUUUCCUGGGAGAAAGACAGUGACUCCAACGACAGCUAUUGCAGAGGUCCAUGUGGGAUAAGCAGACUUGCACAUCACUUCACACAAAGAAAUGCCAGAGCCACAGUUAAAGAGCUUGCAUUAAAUGAUGAAGUGGAUUUUGUGGGAAGUUCAAGGGUGAAUUUUGGAGAAAUAGAGUUAUGUGGCACUCUUGAUGAGAAUUCCUAUUUGGCUGGUGAGGAUCCUGCCCGAGUGGACAAACACACAGCUGUUCCUCACAAUGUGCUGCAGGCAGUUCCUGUCAUCUCAGGUGGCAGCAAAGAAAUGGUAGUACCAAGUAGUGAGGACUAUGUUUUAUUACUCUCAGAAGACACUAUAAAUACAUCUGAAAACCCCUCAAAAGAGGAUUUGCAGAGCUUCCCAGAGGAACUGUAUUUGAAUGAACUUUCCUAUUAUCCAAUGGGAGGGUUUGCAGGUCAGAUGUUUUCUGAAAGCCUGGCAGGUGGUGGUUGUCGAUAUCCCGUGGGCUGUCUGUGGACUAACACAGUUGUGAAAGGUGAACUAGAGGAUAAACAAAUACUUAUGGGGGACCUGCACAACCAGCCACAGGACUUGAAGAUUACUCCCUUUUGGAUGGAAAAGCUCCAUUAUCAGCUACCAAUCGCAGAAGAUGGUGUUGUUUGGGGAUGGCAGAGUAGUAGUGCACAGUUAGUAAGUGUUUUUAUCAGUUUUUAUUGUGCUGUGAUAUAUUAAUCUUUCAUUUUGAUUGCUCUUAAGUUGAAAUUAACAAAUGUUUAUUCUAAACAAUGGACAGUUGUUUGAAUCUUUAUGUAAAUGUAAAGAUAUGAGUUACGUAGCAUUGAUUUAACCAUUUCCAAAUUGGUGACUAUGAAUUCACUUUAUUGUUUGGUGUAUUUUAGCCAGAGGGUUUGUCAACUCUUAUUAGCACUAAACCUGUACUGCUCCAGGUGGUCAGAUUCAGCUUUGUGUAAAUCAUCUUAUGUUUGUGGACUUCUUAUGCAUGUGCUUGUGCAGGCUGUCAUGCCAGUCCUGACUUUCUUAUCACCAGCUUGCUGAAGCAGAACAAGCAUUUGACCCAUUGGAUAUUUAGAGUCUUUUCUAAAAGGUUACUUACACUUGCAGUGUGUACAUGAAUUAAAUCUGUGCUUUCCGCUUCAUUGUAUGGUAACCGUCACAGGCAGGUAAAAUUUGCUGCGUUUAAUUCUCAGAAAUUUUGCUGUCUCCUUUCUGUCAGAAACAUCUGCAGAGCUUUUCAGACCACAGUGCUCAAGUCCUCAUUUGGAAGAACCUUCGCAGCUGAUUCUGCAAUGGGCAGCUAAUUUGGGCAUCUUUCUAGAAAUUCUGUAAUAAAUGCAAAUAUUCCAUAAAAAGGGAAGUUAGUCUUCUCUUAAAGCAGUCCUUUUGGACAUGUAUGAUUGAAAGGGCAUACUUUUAAUAGUGAAAAUU